AAGAAAGGAACAUAGCCGAGCUGUUAUUAUUUAAUGGGUCAAGGUUAAGGAGAAAAUUAAAAUAAAAUAAACACCCAUUUCUUGGCUUUUGUUGUUAAUGAUGCGUUGUUCCUUUUUUUUUUUUUUUUUCAAUCCAUGGGUUUCAGGUGUCAAAGUGUGAAGAAAUAAGAGAGAGAAAAGAGAGUGAGAAGGGAAGGAACCAGACCCUACACCGUUGACAAAAUUAGUAAUAAUUAUUACUAGAGAGGGCGUGAGCUUGUGAUGUGUUUCCUCAGAUCCAGGCAACUCAUGUUGGUAUGUGGAAAAGGGUGUCAUCUUUUUAUGGUUUCCUUGUGAUUCUUGAGACUUUACCUUUUCUGGGUUUCUUUCUCAUGACUUAUUUCUUCUUUCAUGUGUUUAGAGAUAAGGGGUGUUGUUUUUUUUUCCUUCUUUUUGAAGUUUGGUUCUUUUUAAUUGGUGGGAUUUAGUCUUUGUGAGUGCAAUAUGUUAUUGUGCAGAUAAAGUUUGUUUUUUUUUUUGUUGGUUAUAAUGUUUUUCAGGGUGUUUUUCUCUCACUAGAGUUGACAAAGGUAGAUAGAGGAGAGUUCAGAGGAGCAGUUGAUAAUGCUUGAAAAGGGUGUGUGUCAUAGCUAUUUAUGAUUAACAUUUCCAGAAAUGGAAGUUGGGAUCCGUUGAUGUUGACCAGAUCUGACUACCCCAUUUCACUUUCAAUACCUUUUAGCUGAUUCAUGCCUUUGGCUAGUCCGAAUUUGGCUCCUCUUUUGUCUUAUAGGGCAUCUUAGGAAUGGAAAAUGCCACCCUUCACAUUCUAAGAUCCUAUUCAAUCAGAAAAAGAGGUGAUCAAGUAGUUGGAGUAUGACAGGUUUUGUGAUAGAAGGGGGGUGGGACGGUAACUUUUUGUCCUACCUAGAUAGGGAUUUUGAUGGAGGUGAUGUCGUUCGUGGUUGCAGUGCCAUUAAGAGUAGGUAAUUUGGUCUGUGAUAACCCAACCACAGCUACCCACAUGGAUGUAUCCGGAUUUAAGCUGAUGGCAGAUACAGGGCUGUUAUCUAAUUCUGUGACUGUUUCCACGGUUAUAGGUUCUGAUGAUUGUCAUAAUAGUUGCAGUUUGGAGGAUGAAGUUGGUAUUACUGAAGCUGUGCCACCAAAACAGGAUAGGGAAGGAGAGAGUCCUUUAUUGGAUAUGAUAUCCCAAAAUAGAAGCUCUUUGGUUGCCAGUGAUGAAGUGUUAAUUGAGGAGGAUGAUUCAUUGUCAUUGGAAGGUGACCAGGUUGUUGAUAGCUCAUGUUCUCUUUCGGCAGUCAGUGAGAACAGUAGUGUGUGUGGAGAGGAGUCCUUCAGUUUUGAUGCCGCUUCAGAUGUUGGGACACCGUGUUCCACAGACGUAGAGAAGAGCAUCUGUGCUGUCAAUAUUGUUGCCCCCCAGGCAGUUGGCUUGGGGGAGUCGAAUGCUGACACCGAUAUUAUGAGUGAACCUCUUGCUGUGGCAGUGAGUCUUGAAGAAGAGACUGGAGUUGGAUCUUGCCCAAAGCCUUCUACAGUUGUUCUUAAUCAGUUCCCUCAGGAAAAGGGUGUGAGUGGAACUGUUGGUCGGAGUGUUUUUGAAUUGGAUUAUACUCCACUUUGGGGAUUCAUAUCUCUCUGUGGAAGAAGACCUGAGAUGGAAGAUGCAUUUGCCACUGUUCCUCGAUUUUUGAAAAUUCCCAUUCAAAUGCUAGUUGGUGACCAGGUGCUUGAUGGAAUGAACAAGUGUUUUAGUCAGCAGAUGACCCAUUUCUUUGGAGUCUAUGAUGGCCAUGGUGGCUCUCAGGUGGCAAAGUAUUGUCGUGAUCGUAUCCACUUGUCCUUGGCUGAGGAAAUAGAAUUUGUCAAAGAAGGUCUAAUUAGUGGAAGUAUCAAGGAUGGUUGUCAAGAUCAGUGGAAAAAAGUUUUCACCAACUGUUUCUUGAAGGUUGAUGCUGAAGUUGGAGGAAAAGUUGGUAAUGAACCCGUUGCCCCAGAAACUGUUGGCUCCACUGCAGUUGUUUCUGUAAUCUGUUCAUCUCAUAUCAUAGUUGCAAAUUGUGGUGAUUCAAGAGCGGUUUUAUGUCGUGGCAAAGAACCCAUGGCAUUAUCAGUGGACCAUAAACCAAACCGAGAUGAUGAAUAUGCAAGAAUUGAGGCAGCUGGAGGAAAGGUGAUUCAAUGGAAUGGCCAUCGUGUAUUUGGUGUUCUUGCAAUGUCAAGGUCUAUUGGUGAUAGAUAUUUGAAGCCAUGGAUUAUUCCAGAACCAGAAGUUACGUUUCUUCCACGCACAAAGGAUGAUGAAUGUCUCAUUUUGGCCAGUGAUGGUCUGUGGGAUGUUAUGUCGAAUGAAGAGGUGUGUGACCUCGCUAGGAGACGAAUACUUCUCUGGUACAAGAAAAAUGGCAUGGAACUACUCUCAGAAAGGGGAGAGGGAGUUGAUCCUGCUGCACAAGCAGCAGUCGAGUGCCUGUCAAACCGCGCGCUUCAGAAAGGAAGCAAAGAUAACAUCACAGUGAUUGUGGUUGAUUUGAAACAAAGAAAAUAUAAGAGCAAGACAUGAUGAUGAUGAUGAUUUCAACUGCACUUGGUAUUAUUUGAAGAUGAGAUUAUACAAUAGAAAAGCUUAAUAUAAUCCAAUAUAGUUUUGCCCUCUAAUUUUUCAUCAGGGCAUUUCCCUUAGAUUAGCACUGUGCUAUAAUACAUAUCCACCUUCCCUAUUACUCUUAUUAACUAAUUAAGGGUCUCCUUGUUCACUAUGCUACAUUGGGGACUAGUUCCAUGCCUUUGACAUCUAUCAUCAGCAUAUAUUGUAUUCAUUAUCAUUAUUAUUAUGCCUCUGAGAACAAAGGCUCUGUGAGGCAUUUACUUUAAUAUUAUUUUAGCUUGUGUGUUAUAAAGAAGCAUUAGCUAGCUAAUUGGCAAGAGUGGCUUUCAAGUUGUGAUCCACUGUCACAGGUUUUUUUGUUCCAUAUUGUGGCAAAUGGAGCCAAGUCAAGAAAUUUGUUGUCGGUGGUGGAUUGUUAUCAAUGGCCAUGAUCCAAGUCCAGUGGUUACACUGCAGCAAUGAUGGUGGGGGGACAAGGAUAGACAAGGGUGCCUAAGAAGAAUCCCAGUUCCUUUAUUCUUUUUUUGGGGUCUAUGAAUGGUGUACCUGUGCAUAAUAUUGUGGUAUUCCACCUAAUUCUGAAAGCAACUAGUUGUAAAUAGGCAAUUGGCUUAUCAAUUAACUUGUGCACUCUGAUGCAU